AUGACUUAGCUUAGCAAGCAGUAGAGCAACCGUCUCUCUCAGGCAGUAUGGACAUGAGACAUGUCUGCAAUACGCCAUUUGCCAUUGGGUCUGCCUGCCUUAGGGCUCAGCAUACUUCAUUUGGCAUAUGUGAUCCCCAGCAAUCGACAAUCCUAUCCCUUCUUAUCCAUCCACUUGGCCAUGAGAACAUCCGAGUACCGCUGUGUCUCGAAGAAACGCCCGUACUUCCCCCACGCCGCCGGAGCGGGGAACAGCUGUCGGUACCCCGCCGACCCGAUGCCCUCCUUCGCCUCGCUGCUUAGUGCCCUCAUCGUUAGCACCGCGCUCUCUUCCAGCAGCUCAUAUAGCAUGUUCUGCUCCUCCUGUCUCAAGGCGCGGAAGUCGAGACGGUCCUGCUUGAUCAGACUCUGGACCAAGCGGCUCAUCUUAGUCUCGUCCACAGCACUCUCGGCGACAUCCUUCGCAGAGAUGCUCGCGCCGCUGUCCCCUCGCGGGAGCUGUCGAGUCGAUCUGUCCCUGUUGAGGCCACCCUUGUCCUCUCCCUGCUUGCCCAGCAGUCUCGACGUGUCCCGAUUUCUCUGAUCCCUCUUGACGCACUUAGGUGAGAACGGUGUGAGGCGGAUGAGGUUGAAAGUGUCGACCAUGAGGGCCGUCUUGAUGCGCUUGUCCAGCGGCGAAGACGACGACAGAGAGGGAGACACGUUCACCUCCAGCAACCAGGCCCGAUGGUCGCGAUCCAAAAGGACAUCAAAGCCAUAGAUUUCGAAGCAGUUGGGGGCGCUCCGCGUGAGCGUGCUGCUGUUGCUGCCGGCAGCCGGACUUGCCUGCUUGGCUUCGAUGGUGCCCUUCCGAUUGGCAGGCUUGUCCUUGUAUGCUCCGGGGAAUGGUGAGCCCUGGAUUUGCGUGUUGUUGGGGGAUGCCCCUCGCCUGAGGGCAUUGGCAAUGGUCGGCUCGGCUGAGAUGAGCGUCUUGACAACGAUGUCAUCAAUCUGCCUUUGCACGUGAGACCAAUCCCAACUGAUGGAGCAAUCAGGCACGCAAACAGACGACAAAGGCAAAGAGUGCGUGUGUGUCUUGAAUUCAGUUGAGACAUACUUACCCUUGCUUUUUGAAGUACUGCCUGACGUCUGACAGCGACCACUUUGAGCACGACUCGUCAAAGGGGCCGUCCUCAUCAUCCUCGUCAAACCCACCAAAUCCGCCCGUAGGUGAAUGGGGAGGUGACAGGUCGCCCUCGCCCUCCCGCGUCUCCUCAGAGACAGUGGACGUGCCAUCCUCGUCUCCGACAGUGAACGAGUCGUCCUCCCUCUCGUCCCCAUCGUGCUCAUCCUCGCAGUCAUUGAGACCGCUCCUGCUCCAGUCGGGUUCGAAGUCCUCCUCGCUCAAGUCACUCCCACAGUCCUCACUGCCGUCCCAACUGUCACGCAGCCGGAUGCUGGAGACGCUUUUGUCACGCCGGAAGGCCUCUGAUGGCCUUGGAAGCGCUUGGAAGGAGGACGACAGCAUGUCGGAGUCAGCUGUGUCCCGCCAUCCUUCCAGUACUUCGCUCUCUUCGUCUUCGUCUCUCCUGCCGGCAGCUGAUGGGGGAUCGGACACCUUGUCUGUCCGUAUGUUUGACGUGACGCCCGAGUUGCUUCGCCGCACUGAUGUGACUGCAGCCGAUGGCCGCCUCGUCGAUGCCGAGAAGCGCCGGGCCUUGACUGCUGCUGCCGGUGCUUCAUUCGUCAUGGAUUGCGCGGGGCUCUGUGGCUCAGACGACUCGAUGACGAUCUUCCGCUGCUGAACCCUUAUCGGGAAUCGGGAUCUGACGGCUGGUUCCUGCUCGUGGCUGUUGCUGCCGCUGCUGUGGUCCAUGUUCUUGAUGUACCUGGUUGAGUACUUGUUGAUGGAAUAGUUGGUGAGGUGCAUCAGGCGAGAAGACAGAUGGCGGGACACUCGUGUGCGGCGACCCAGGUCCCGGUAUUUCUCGGUGGCAAACCUGAGUGAGACAGACGCAAACAAAGAAGGAAAGACUAACACGUGUGUGUGCACGUGUACGCGUGUGUGCACCUGACGAGUCCCUCGUCGUAUAGGUAUAUCCGCAGUGGAUCGAAAGAGGUGACGCACACGUACAGCCUCAAGUCGAACUUGAAGCCGUUGAUCAGCAGAGGCGGCGAAACAUACCUGAUGAAGACAGCAAGGAGACGUGGCGCCAUGCUUGGUUGAGAUGGCUCGACACUCAUUGCUUGCCCGUCCGUACUUCUGCAUGACGCCCUUGCGAGACUUGGACACCUUGCAGCCUCCGGAGAACAAACGAAUGCCUGACCACCACACACGUACGAGUGAAUAAGUGAAACGAGUCCGAGGCGCGUUUCGUGCACCUCUGCCGCAGGAAGAAGCAUACGGCUUGAAUAUCCAGAGGUCGCGCGGCCCUGAAACAAGACAAAUGGUUGUGUCAGACAGCAGGACACGGCUGGGUGCUCACGUUCGUUCCUCGCGGCUUCGAAGAGGCGAUAGUCGUCGGGAAGGAUCCAUGUCUGAACGAAAGAAUGGAAAGGUGGGCGACACGGUGUCAACCAGUGAGUCAUGUACCCCUGAGCCGCUCACUCACCUGUGGCAUGAAACUGAAUGCCUCUCCGUGUUGCCGCUUCAUCCGCGUGACGUUCCGCCACAGCAGAUCCUUUCGACCUGCAUUGCAAAAGCAAUCGAAGAGGGCUUUUGCUUGUCAGUCUCUCUUGAAAAAACCUACCGAGCGUCCACGUGUUUGGGAAGUGGUUGAUCUUUUGAUAAGGGUUGAGCUUGCGCAGUGUCUCGGGCUUGGGGAUGCCGCCCCACGCCAGAUUCCACCGCUUCGACGCGUACGACGUGUGAUGCAUGCCUGCAGUCAAGAGGAGAGACAGAACACUGGCUGCAUAUGGGAACAUUGAUGUACUCUACUCUCUGCCAGGCCAGCUCACCCGAACGCCUCAGCGUGUUGACGACACAAUUGUAGGCGUGCGCGGAGGUGUUGUGGUGGAAAUACAGCGUUGGAACAGCCGACGACACCUUGACAGCAUGGACCACGCGCCCACCACCGGACACAGGACCCCUCUCCCUCGUGUCCCCCCUGUCCGGCUGCAUCUCAAAGAACACGAAUGGCGGCCUGUUGCUGAAGGGGCUCUCAACCAGCCGCACCGGCCCCAAGUGAGCAAGAGACGUCUUGAGUCGCCUCUUGGUCGCGCUCUCUCUCUCUUCCUCUUCGAGCUCGCUCCGUCUCCGCCGGAGGUUGAUCAGCAUGUCGCCGGGUAUGCCGGGCAGACCCGGGAGAUUUAGGAAAUCUCCACCUCUGAUGAGCACAUCCAGGGGAGGGCCGCUGCAGAGGGGGUAUUGGGACAAGGCGGUUGAGGGGCCUCGAUGUCUCAGCCAUGUGGGAAGCAUCCACUGCUCCACCGGCUGGGGGAGAGGGAUGGUGGCUGAGGGGCGAGGCAGUGUCCGCACGCUAAGCGUCUUCUUGAUCUGCCCCUUGUAGAGGCGCUCGAGGUCCUGCGCCCCACGAGACAGUGGAGACGACGGGGCAGUGUCGCCGGCAUUGCUCUCCUGCCGCACGUCGUGUUCCGCAUCAUCCGUGUCGCUUUCGCUUUCUUCGCCGAGCCCGUUGCGCACAUGAAUGGCCGUGAGGUUCCCCGAGCUGCUAGACGACACUCGACUCAUCGACAACGCCUCCUCCCUGCCGCCUUGCCGCCUCUUCUUGCCUCUCUUCUUGCCAGACUUCCUCUUUUUCCUUGUUGCUGGUUUGCCCCCCUGCUUCCUUCUAGCGCCUCUCCGAUCAUCGCCAGCCAGCCGAACGGCCUCUGAGUCGACUCGAUGCGCUCCAAGAGACGUGGUGCUCGCCUCACGUCUCACAGGGGGCCGGGACGUGCUGCGCCUCGUCGCAGGCUGGGAGGGCUGCCGAUGAAUGGACGACGCCGAUGAUUUCAGCCUUUGCACAGGCGGCCGUGUCUUUUCUGCGAUGCGUUCACCGACGGGAAGAUGGCCGUGGUCUGCAGCAGGUGCUGCUGAAGAGAGCGACGUGCCAGCGGAAGACGGGCCGAUAGGGGAGAGCGGACCGCGCCGCGAUGAGGCCGUUGAAGCAGACGUCGACUGGAUGCUUAGGCACGCUGACGGCUCUGCGGAGUCCGACCGACUUCCCGCCCUCUUCCAAGGCGCCAUCUGCGCGUGGCUGGGAGCUGGGGGUUUGUCGGACUGCAGUGCAGCGUGCCCUUCUGCGCGAAAGACCCGCGAGCGGUAAAUUGCCUGAUAGGAGAGCUGGGCGUUGGCUGUGUCCCCAGUGGAAGAAGGGAAAGAGCCUGGCGGACGAAAGACCAUCUUCAAAUCCUG